GACAUGUAUUGUAAACAGCCAAGAACCAAGAAUCCUCAUCUAAGUUAUGAGCCAAAACAAACGAUCAGGUCACACCAGUUUGGCUUAUACUACCUUGGAAACCACUAGACUCCAUUUUCCUGAGCUUAAAGAACCAAUUCGCUCUUAGAGAAAUAAUGAAAUUGACUCAUGCUUAUUAAAAUCAAAUGAGUAACCAACUAAAUCUCUUCUAAAUCUCUACAUCUGUAGCAAGAGAAUCUUGCCUGCUUGUGAGACUGUCAUGAGUUGGAUGAUUCUCAGAGACCUCCUAAGUGGAGCAAAUAAAUACUCAACUGGGAUUGGGCGUAAUUGGCUGGCCAUUGUAUUCAUCUUUCGUUUGCUGGUCUACAUAGUGGCAGCAGAACACGUGUGGAAGGAUGAACAGAAAGAGUUUGAAUGCAACAUUAGACAGCCUGGUUGUGAAAAUGUGUGUUUUGAUUACUUCUUCCCCAUUUCCCAGGUCAGACUUUGGUCCUUACAGCUGAUCAUGGUAUCCACACCUUCUCUCUUGGUGGUUCUUCAUGUGGCCUAUCAUGAGAGUAGAGAGAAAAGGCACAGAAAAAAGCUCUCUGCUAGCCCAGGCAUCAUGCAUGGGGGCCUGUGGUACACCUAUCUGAUCAGCCUCAUUGUUAAAAAUGGUUUUGAAAUUGGCUUCCUUGUUUUAUUUUAUAAACUGUAUGAUGGCUUUAGUGUUCCCUAUCUUAUGAAGUGUGAUUUGAAGCCUUGUCCCAACACUGUCGAUUGCUUCAUCUCCAAACCCACGGAGAAAACCAUUUUCACCUUUUUCUUGGUCAUCACCUCGUGUUUGUGCACUGUGUUGAAUUUCAUGGAACUAAGCCUUUUGGUUCUCAGGUGCUUUAUUAAGUGCUGUCUCCAAAAAUAUUCCAAAACAUUCAAGUCCUCAGUGUGCGAGUGUCACAAUCUCAAGUAUGUUGAAUGUAGUGAGAUAGGGGCUCCUCGAUUAUUCCAGAUCCAUUGCUCAAGCUUUGAUGAAAGUGUACCCCAAAAACCUGAAGCAAGGCUACUUUGCAACACACAAAAGGAUUAA